AUGGCCGACUUCAAGGAUCGGACGUUGGAUGUGGAGAAGGUACUCAUAGCUGCUAAAUUCAUCACUCAUGCACCACCAGGGGAAUUUAAUGAGGUGUUCAACGAUGUCCGGCUACUACCUAAUAAUGACAAUCUCCUCAGGGAAGGGGCAGUGCAUGCAUUUGCUCGGUAUAACAUGGAUCAGUUUACUCCUGUGAAGAUAGAAGGGUAUGAAGAUCAGGUCUUAAUUACAGAACAUGGUGAGCUGGGUAAUAGCAGAUUUUUAGACCCGAGAACCAAAAUUUCCUUUAAGCUCGAUCAUUUACAGAAAGAAGCAAGUGACUCCCAGCCAGAGGACGCGGAUGGAGGUCUGAAGUCUUGGAGAGAACCCUCUGACGGUGCUUUCAGGGCCUACGUGAAAGAUCGUUACCCCAACGGCUUCCGUACUGUUUGUGCUAAAACUAUAGAUGGGCAACAGACCAUUAUUGCCUAUAUUGAAAGCCACCAGUUGCAGCCUAAAAACUUCCGGAAUGGUCGUUGGAGAUUAGAGCGGAAGUUUGCCACGACACCACCUACAGCCCAGGUGGUGGGAGUACUUAAGAUUCAGGUUCACUGUGACCAAGAUGGCAAUGUUCAGUCGGUUAGUCAGGAAGAUGUACAGGAUGCAGGAACUGUUUCAAAUGAAGUCCGAACUGCCAAGGAGUUUCUUCAAAUCAUAGAGCAUGCAGAAAAUGAACGUCAGACAGCAAUUAGUGAAAACUAUCAAAACAACGUCAGACGCCGCAUUCAAGGCCUUGAGCCGGCUACCCGCACUGAAAUCGACUGGAACGAGAUCCUCAGCUACAGGACUGGCAAAGAAAUGCAGAAUGCUUAA